AUGUUUCGUGGCCGCGUGGCCCAGCAGCAAGUCAGCAACGGCCCCGUGCUUCGGUCCGCCCAGGGGAUCCCCGAUGCGCAUUCAGUAACUUCCCCUUACUCACGUUUUCCACACCCGUCAGGAUGUUUUUUUAUAGCUCUCUCUCCUAUUCCCCCGGCUUGUUCCAUCAGCUCCUCCCCUUUCCUGGCUAAGAGCUGCCCCUGGUCCUGCACCCAUCACGCAUGGGCAGCAGGGCACUGCCUGUCAGUGUCUCCUCACUGUAUUUGCAGAAGGAACUGCAGAGGGAACCCGAACUGCUUGGUGGGGAUCGGGGAGCAUGUGUGGCUGGGAGAGAUUGAUGAAAAUAGCUUUCACAAUAUUGACGAUCCAAACUCUGAACGCAGGAAAAAGAACGCUUUUGUAGGCCUAACAAACCUUGGAGCCACGUGCUACGUCAACACUUUCUUGCAGAUGUGGUUUCUUAACUUGGAGCUUCGUCAGGCACUUUACUUGUGUCCAAGCACCUGCAGUGAAUAUGUCACUGGUGAAGGCAUCCCAAAAGACAGAGAUUAUGAACCCCGGACAAUUUGUGAACAUCUUCAGUACUUGUUUGCGUUGUUACAGAACAGUAAUAGAAGAUAUAUCGAUCCCUCCGGGUUUGUUAAAGCACUAGGCUUGGAUACAGGACAACAACAGGAUGCACAAGAGUUUUCAAAGCUAUUCAUGUCACUGCUAGAGGAUACUUUGUCUAAACAAAAAAACCCAGAUGUACGGAACAUUGUCCAAAAGCAGUUUUGUGGAGAAUAUGCAUAUGUCACUGUCUGUAACCAGUGUGGCAGAGAGUCCAAACUCAUAUCCAAAUUUUAUGAACUGGAGUUAAAUAUCCAAGGGCACAAGCAAUUGACAGACUGUAUCACGGAAUUUCUUAAGGAAGAAAAGUUAGAAGGAGACAAUCGCUACUUUUGUGAAACUUGUCAGAGUAAGCAAAAUGCAACAAGGAAGAUCAGGCUGCUUAGUCUUCCAUGUACACUCAAUUUGCAGCUGAUGCGUUUUGUGUUUGAUAGACAAACUGGCCAUAAGAAAAAGUUGAAUACUUAUAUUGGCUUUUCUGAAUUGCUUGAUAUGGAACCUUUUAUGGAACAAAAAGAUGGCGUCUCUGUAUAUGAACUUAGUGCCGUCCUUAUACACCGUGGGGUGAGUGCGUACUCUGGUCACUACAUUGCUCACGUGAAAGACCCACAGACUGGGGAAUGGUACAAGUUUAAUGAUGAAGACAUAGAAAAGAUGGAGGGGAAGAAACUACAACUGGGGAUUGAGGAAGAUCUAGCAGAGCCGUCUAAAUCUCAGACUCGUAAACCCAAGUGUGGGAAAGGCACUCACUGCUCUCGAAAUGCUUACAUGUUGGUGUACCGACUGCAAACACGGGAAAAAUCUGUAACGGCAGAAGUCCCAGCUUUUUUGCAGGAGCUGGUUGAACGGGAUAACUGCAAGUUUGAGGAGUGGUGUAAUGAAAUGGCAGAUAUGCGCAAACAGAGUGUGGUCAGAGGCAAAAUCAAACAUGAAGAGGUGAAGGAGCUCUACCAAAGGUUACCUGCUGAAGCUGGUUGCCCAUAUGAGUUUGUCUCUCUCGAAUGGUUACAGAAAUGGCUGGAUGAAUCUGCUCCUCCCAAACCCAUAGAUAACACUGCAUGCUUGUGUUCACAUGGCAAAUUGCACCCUGAUAAAAUAUCCAUUAUGAAGAGAAUAUCUGAGUAUGUUGCUGACUACUUUUACCGGCGAUAUGGAGGUGGCCCCAGGCUAAAUGUAAAAGCACUUUGCAAGGACUGUGUGGUAGAGAGGUGUCGGAUAUUACGACUGAAAAACCAAUUAAACGAAGACUAUAAAACUGUCACAAACUUGCUGAAAAUUACAGUAAAAGGUAAUGAUGGAUUUUGGGUUGGAAAGUCAUCCUUGCGGAGUUGGCGUCAGUUGGCUCUGGAACAAUUAAAUGAGCAAGAUGAUGAUGCAGACCAGAGUAAUGGGAAAAUGAAUGGAGAUGCACAAAGCAAAGAUGAGUCAAAUGAAGAAAAGAGGGAGGAGGAAGAGGAGUUAAAUUUUAAUGAAGACCUUGUCUGCCCACACGGUGACCUGUGCAUAUCAGAAAAUGAAAGAAAGGUUGUUUCUAAAGAAGCCUGGAUGAAGCUCAAGCAGUAUUUUCCAAAGGCCCCAGAAUUUCCAUAUAGCAAGGAGUGCUGCUCCCAGUGCAAGAUCCUGGAAAGAGAAGGAGAGGAGAAUGAAGCCCUGCAUAAGAUGAUGGCAAGUGAGCAGAAGACUGCACUCCAGAACCUGUUUCAAGACAAAUGCAGACCUUGCCUUGGUAGCUGGCCUCAGGAGACAGAUGAGCUCUACAUUGUAUCACAGUUCUUUGUAGAAGAAUGGAGGAAAUUUGUAAGAAGACCUACGAGAUGCAGUCCUGUAUCAUCAGUAGGAAACAGUGCUCUUCUCUGCCCACAUGGGGGCCUUAUGUUCACAUUUGCUUCCAUGACCAAAGAAGACUCUAAACUUAUAGCUCUAAUGUGGCCCAGUGAGUGGGAGGCAAUACAGAAACUAUUUGUUGUGGAUCACGUUAUAAAAAUCAUCAGAAUGCAAACUGCUGAGACGAGCCCUGAGAGCAUGCUUUUCGAUUCUGAGCCCAAGCUGUGUCCUGAAUGCAGAGAGGGGCUGUUAUGCCAGCAGCAGAGGGAUCUGCGCGAGUAUUCCCAGGCCACCAUCUAUGUACACAAAGUGGUGGAUAAUAAAAAGGUAAUGAAGGAAGCGGCUCCAGAACUCAACGUGAGCAGUUCAGAAGCUGAAGAGGAAAGGGAGGAAGCCAAACCAGAAGGGGAACAGGAUCCAGAUUUUAACCAGACUAAUGGUGGUGCAAAACGACAGAAAAUAUCCCAUCAGAACUACAUUGUGUAUCAAAAGCAAGGCAUCAGACGGAGUACGCGGCACAGAAAAGUCCGAGGGGAAAAGGCACUACUUGUUUCUGCCAACCAGACGUUGAAAGAGCUGAAAAUACAGAUCAUGCACGCAUUUUCAGUUGCUCCAUUUGACCAGAAUUUGUCGAUCGAUGGGAAGAUACUAAAUGACGACACUGCAACACUUGGCGACCUUGGAGUCAUUCCAGAGUCAGUCAUUUUAUUAAAGGCUGAUGAACCAAUUGCAGAUUAUGCAGCCAUGGAUGAUGUUAUGCAAGUUUGUAUGCCUGAAGAAGGAUUUAAAGGGACUGGUCUACUUGGACACUAACGUUUUUAUAACCGCUGGAGCAGAGAAAUGACCAGAAAGGAAGAGGAUUUUGACAUGGUAGGGCAUUAAAGCAAAGGUGGCUAUAGGACUAAACAGUUGCUUGACUCUUCCAGAAGGCAGGAACCCAUUCUGAAAGGACUGCCCCAAAUGCCUUACAUCAAAGCGGAUUGCACUGAAGGGACAUCCUGAUUUCAAGAGAGAAUUUCGAAUUUUAUAUUUAAUAAAACAAAAGUACAAGUAUAGUAGCAGUAACAAUAUAUCAUGUCUACGGACAAACUUCUAGCUGAGGAAAGGAGAGGCAUUCUAUUGUUUCCUUGCUCUGAUUUCAUACCACAGUCAUCUGCCCAUAAAAAAUAGGGUGACAGUAGAUCAAAACGUCUUGAUCUGUCCUAUAGUAACUCCUUAGACAUAAAUCUGCUUGCAUUCUUUGAGCCACUGUUCUUUCAGUACGACAUGGAAGAAUGUUAAUUGUGAGGAACGUCUAGCCUUUUCAGACUCAUCCAUGCAUCCCAAAAUGUAAACUGUGGCCUGCCUGCAAAAGCCCUUCCAUCAGUGGCUCUUAAACAGAGAGAUAAGGGGACAAGGACCUGCCGUCUCUGCCUCGUCUCUGCCGUCUCUCACCCAUCCUUUUGCAGUUUCAUUUCAAACAUGAAGAUGACCCUAAUUUGAAUAAUCACAUGGUCUUUCUCUGUGAAAUGUGUUUUUAGAAAUGUUGGCUAUUUUAACAACUUUUGAUACCCUCUUUCUCCAGUAUGCUACUUCCAAGAGCCAGCUCCAUUUCCACUCCACUGAUCAAUUGGGAAACCUUGAAUUGAUCUUCAUUAGAAAAUUGGAAUCAGAUGCUGAAGGGGGUGGGGUGUCCUACUUUGUGGGAGUGGACUUACCUUUUUUCUUUACAUCUUCGGUAAUUUCCGGAAAGGAUCUCUUCCUGGCCCUAUUAAAUACUAGCUGGAAAUAGCUUUACUGCUCAAUAUGGAAAAGGACAUUGUCAAGGUAUCUUUUAUAAUAAAGUUAGCUACUGCCUGGUAGCUUCAUGCUCCCUUAGCAAAUUAGCCUCUUGCUGACUUUGUGCUCCAGCUCCAGACAGGGUGCUGAGGGUUGGACUUCACUAGGGUUUAUUGGUUUUCUCGGACUGUUAGGAGCAGAACUCCUGUAUUGACCGAUCCCGUGAGCUUUCCAGGCAGAUUUAAGGAGUUGGGGGGGGGGUAUAAAAACCUGGGCUUGGUAACCUUGAUAGUGGAGGUCUUAAAUUUUACCUUUUCUCAGAAAAGUUACAGCUCCCCUUCAUUCAAUGACGAAUGGUUUUUUGCCAUACUCGUUCUCUCCUCUCCCCCCAAAUCUUUUAGGGACGGUCGUAGGGCAUUGCAGCAACAGGUCUGGACCAGUGAGGGGCAAAACAAUUGAUACCAGGUGCCCAUUUGGAGCAAUUGUAAAACCACAAAUAGGCUCGGAAAGCAUUCAGAAAAGGGGACUUAUAUUGAGAUGAUUUUGUACUUCAAGAUUCGGGGCUUAGAUCCAAUAAAAGGGCUGGAUCUUGGAGGUAAACCAGUGUGGCUGAGCAGUUUAUUCUUUCCCAAGGUAAAGACUUCAGUUAAAGUUCAAAAUGCUACUGUUAGUGCUUGAGUAAGCAACUCUCCUUCCCUAACAGGCUUGUUUGCCUGAAGGAUUUUAUUCUUCGUUUAGAUGUGCAGCAUUCACUCAUGUACAUAGCCCCUGGGAAUUGGAUAUUUUUUUCAAUUUGCUGAGGGGGUUUUCGGGGAGGGGGUGUUUUUAUUUUAUUUUUUUUGUUACUAGAGUCUGUUCCUUGAGAUUACAAUGUUCCAAACCGGAGUGUCUCAAACGGCCCAGGAGAGGCUUGUAACCCAGGCUGUGUAGGGAGGCACGACUGUAGGAGGGAUGUCCCGAUGUACCCAAGGACCUCGGUGUUGCUAUUCUUCCAGCUGUGCAGGGGAACAAGGACAAGAUGGGAUCAAACGCGCAUUCACCGGUUUGUCUGUAUUUGCAAACCUACUGGACUAACAUUGUCACUUGAGCUGUGGAAGCCUUAUUAAAGUGCAUACACAUGGUC